AUGGCGCUCAUCUUCCUCAUUUCCGGUCUCAGCGUUCCUAGAGAGAAGCUCGUCCUUCACCUCCUGAACUGGCGUCUGCAUGUCCUUGUCCAGGGGUUCUCGUUCUUAUUCAUCCCGGCCUUCAUACUUGCUAUCGUUCAUAUCAUCUUGGCUGGCGACCCAGACGAAAAUAUUGAUCGCGCUUUGCUUGCGGGGUACAUUUUUCUGGCAUGCAUCCCUACUACUAUCGCCUCGAAUGUCGUCAUGACUCGCUCCGCCGGGGGAGAUGACGCCGCUGCUCUGGUGGAGGUCAUUAUCGCGAACUUCUUGGGCCCGUUCAUCACUGCCGGAUGGACUGUCACUUUGCUCCCUAGUUCAUCGGAGUUCGAUGUCUGGAGGGCCGGCGAUGGUAACCUCUCCGAUAUGUAUCGCGAUGUGUUCAAGCAAUUUGGAUUGGCUGUGCUGCUACCGUUAGUGGUGGGUCAAUUAAUACGGUGGGUUUGGCCAGAGAUAGUGGCGAAAGUGAUGGCCAAGUAUCGGAUUGCCAAGAUCAGUACGGCAUGUUUGAUUCUGUUGGUUUGGUCUACCUUCUCCUCUUGCUUCGCGACAGGAGCUCUCCAAACUCUCUCCGCUUCCAGUAUAGUCUUCGUUGUUCUGUUCAACAUCGCUCUGUAUACGUUUCUCACGGCCGCUUGUUUCUUCUUUUCACGCCCACCGAUGAUCCUCUCGUCUGGCAUGAGUCCUCAGGAGACCAUUGCGGUGUGUUUCUGUGGUCCAGCGAAGAGUACUGCGCUGGGGAUUCCCCUAUUGUAUGCGAUGUGGGGGUCAUUGGAUCUGUAUAUCAAGUCGAAGACGUCCGUUCCGGUGCUGCUAUAUACCACGGAGCAGAUCUGCGUGGCGCAUUUCUUUGUGCAUAUGUUUAAAUGGUGGCAUCGACGGGUUGACAGGAAGAGUGCCAGUGAAAAGGGAGAUGUGGGAGGGGGCGAGAAGUUGGAAGGCUCCGGGUCAGGUGCCGGCGGUCUGGAUUUGGAGGAAAUGGACAAAGGGGCAGGCGUCAGUUUGCCCCCUGACCAUACUCAUAACCAUGCAUAG